AUGGAAAAUUUUGAUAAAGGAGAUUCUAUAUAAGCACUUGUAGCAAAGCACAAAGCUAAGGCUUAGCUUAAGGAUUUAACGUAAAAGAGAAAAAUUUCAAUAGACAGUAAGAAAGCGGAAGAGAAUAAAGAAGAUAGUAUAUUAGAAGUAGUAGAAGAGACAACUAUAAUGAGUAAUACUUCAUUUGAAGAAUUAGGAGUUUGCUCAGAAUUAUGUGAUGCUCUGAAAGCAAUGGGUUAUAAAACUCCAACGAAGAUCUAAGCAGAGUCAUUACCUUACACUUUAAAAGCAAGAGAUAUGAUUGGGUUAGCAGAAACUGGAUCUGGAAAGACAGCAGCAUUCGCUAUACCAGUUAUCUAAUAGCUACUUGAUAGUCCUCAGCCAUUUUUUGCUUGUGUGAUGUCUCCAACUAGGGAACUCUGUGUUUAAAUAGCUGAGCAAUUUGAGGCUAUCGGAUCAACUAUAGGAUUAAGAACUGCAGUAUUGGUUGGUGGGCUAGAUAUGGUAUCAUAGGCAAUAGCUUUAAGUAAAAACCCUCAUGUUGUGAUAGGCACUCCAGGGAGAAUGGCUGAUCAUUUAGCCAACACCAAGGGAUUUCACUUAAAGAAACUUAGAUUUUUAGUAUUUGAUGAGGCUGAUAGAUUACUGAGUAUGGAUUUUGAGAAGUAGAUAAACCUUAUAUUGACAUAAAUUCCUAAGAAUAGAAAUACCUACUUGUUUUCUGCAACAAUGACAUCGAAAGUAUAGAAAUUAUAGAGAGCAUCUUUAAAUGAUCCUGUGAAAAUUGAAGUUAGUGGUAAAUACAAGACUGUAGAUACCCUCGUGUAAAACUACAUUUUUGUCCCAGAAAAGCAUAAGGAAACCUAUCUUGUAUAUCUACUGACCUAAUCAACAGGCUAGAAAAUAAUAAUUUUUACCACAACUUGUAAUUAGUCAAUGAAGCUUGCUCUUAUACUAAGAAACUUGAAUUUCAAGGCUGUAAAUAUUAAUGGAUAGCUGACUUAAACACAAAGACUUAGCGCACUCAAUAAAUUCAAAGCAAAUGAAAGGAAUAUUCUGAUUGCAACUGAUGUAGCCAGCAGAGGUUUAGAUAUCCCAGAGGUAGAUAUUGUUAUAAAUUUUGACAUUCCUCAACAUUCAAAGGAUUAUGUUCAUAGAGUGGGAAGAACUGCCAGAGCUGGAAAAACAGGUCGUGCCAUUACUAUUGUUACUUAAUAUGAUGUUGAGACAUUUUAAAAGAUAGAAUAGCUAAUAGAUAAGAAAUUAGAUGAAUAUCCAGGUUUGGACUAGAAAGCAGCUCUGAUUUUGACUGACUCAGUUGUUGAAGCCACCAGACUUGCUGCCAUGGAAAUGAAAAAUAGAGAGGGUAAAAAGGGAUCUUAAGUUGAUGGACCAGAGGAUGAUGAUGAAGAUAACCAAGAGGGUAAUAAAGAUAUGAAGUUAUUUGGAAAGAAGAGAUAAAAUAAUUUUGCUCAUAAAAAAGGAUUUAAUGGAAAAUAAAGCUUUGCCAGAAAAAGACCCAGAAAGAACUGA